CUUCCUCAGGUAUAUAAAGAGCAGGAGAGCCUUCAUCCUUCGCUGUGAGCCACACACACUAGAAGGUCUUCCAGCAUGAGCUACUCUCUGGAAACUAUAGGUAGCCCCUCUUAUAGGAGGAUGGCGGAGAUCAGGACCAGCUACAGUCGGACCAGCAGCUCCCCAACCAGCGGAUUCAGAUCUCAGAGCUGGUCCCGAAACACUCCUAGCACCAUUUCCUCCUCUUAUAAGAGGACCAACCUGGCUGCGCCCAGAGGGUUCAGCUCAAGUGACAGUUUGGACGUCAGUCAGUCCUCCGGCUUCAAUGGGGAUCUCAAGCAAGUCCGGUCUAGUGAGAAGGAGCAACUGCAGGGACUUAACGAUCGCUUUGCUGGCUACAUCGAGAAGGUCCAUUACUUGGAGCAGCAGAACAAGGAGAUCGAGGGGGAGAUCCAAGCCCUGAGACAAAAGCAGAGCGGGUACAACCAGCUGGGUGACAUCUAUGAGCAGGAGCUUUCAGAGUUGCGCACCAACAUGGAACAAGUCAACCACGAGAAGGCACAGAUCCUCCUGGACUCUGAGCACCUGGAAGAAGACCUCCAGAGGCUGAAGGACAGGUAUGAGGACGAGGCUAGGAUCAGGGAUGAGACAGAGUCUGCCAUAAGGUCUAUGAAGAAGGACAUAGAUGACACGUCCUUGAUAAAGGUAGAUUUGGACAAGAAGGUGCAGUCCUUGCAAGAAGAGAUCUCUUUCCUCAAGAACAACCAUGAGGAAGAAGUGGGCGAGCUCCUGGCCCAGAUCCAGGCCUCACACAUCACCGUAGAAAGAAAAGAUUUCCAGAAAACAGACCUGGCCACAGCCCUGAGGGAAAUCCGCUCCCAGCUGGAGGGCCACUCCAACAGCAACAUGAUGCAGACAGAGGAAGUCUUUAAAAACCGAUAUGUCAAGCUCACAGAAGCUGCCGAGCAGAACAAGGAGGCCAUCAGGUCCGCCAAAGACGAGAUCGCAGAAUACAGAAGGCAGUUACACAGCAAGACAGUGGAGCUGGAGUCUGUCAGGGGUACCAAAGAGUCAUUGGAGAGGCAAUUGAAUGACAUAGAGGACAGACACAACCAUGACUUGAGCAGUUACCAGGAAACCAUCCAGCAGCUGGACAAUGAGCUGAGAGGAACAAAAUGGGAAAUGUCCCGCCACCUGAGAGAAUACCAGGACCUGCUCAAUGUCAAGAUGGCUCUGGAUAUAGAAAUUGCUGCAUACAGGAAACUUUUGGAAGGAGAAGAAACUCGAUACUGCUCAUUCUCCAGCAUUCCCUCAGGUCCUUCAGUUCCACUCAGACAGGCACCUAUCACAAUAUCUUCCACCCGAGUACAGCAUUCACGAGCUGAGGCACCAAGAGUUAAAGUGCAACACAAAUUUGUUGAAGAGAUCAUUGAGGAGACCAAAGUGGAAGAUGAGAGGUCAGACAUGGAAGCAGCUUUGGCUGCUAUGGCAGAAGAGUUUGCAUCUGGUCUGUUAGGAGAUGAGCAGAAAGAAGAUGAAGGAGAGGAAGAGGGAGAAGGAGAAGAAGAGGCAGAGGGAGAAGGAGAAGAAGAGGCAGAGGGAGAAGGAGAGGUUGAGGAGGAGAUUGUAGCAGCUGUAAAAUCCACAGUACAGGCAGCAGCACCAGGAGAGGAAGAGGAAAAGGAGGAAGAGGCAGAAGAAGAGGUAGAGAAGGCAGAGGAAGAGGUAGAGGAGGAGGGUGAGAAAGGAGAAGAGGCAGAAGAGGAAGGAGAAGAAGCAGCAGUGGAGGAAGGGGAGAAAGAAGAAGAAGAAACUGAAGAGGGCGAAGCAGCAGAGGGGGAAGUAGAGGAAGAGGAGAAGGAAGAAGAAACAGCAGAAGGUGAGGAAGAGGAAGGAAAGGCAGAAGAGGAAGAGGGUGAAAAGGCAGAUGAUGAGGAAGAAAAGGAAGCAGAAGAAGAGAAAGAGGGGGUAGCAGAAGAAGAAGGGGGUGAUGAAGGAGAAGCAGAAGCAGAGGAGGCUGAAAAGGAGGAAGAGGAGGGUGAGAAAGAGGAAGGAGAGGGAGAGCAGGAGGGAGAAGGUGCAGAAGAAGAGGCUACAGAGGAUGCCCAGGAAGAAGUGGUAGAAGAACUUUUUGUGGAGACUAAAGUUGUCAGGGUAAAAGCUGCGGUACAAGAGAAAGAAGCUGAGGAGGAAGCAGAGGAGGAGAAAGAGGGUGGAGAUGAGGAUGAAGGAGAGAAGGGAGAAGAAGAAACUGAGGAAAAGGCUGGAGAUGAGGAAGCUGAAGGAGAGGCAGCUGAUAGCUCUGAACAGCAGGAAGAGGAGAAAGGAGAGUCAGAUGAGAAGGAAGAGGAAGCAGAAGAAGGGGAAUCCAAAGACGAUGAGGAGGCUGGAGAAGACAAAGAAGAAGGUGAAGCAGAGGAGGAGAAAGCUGGAUCCCCUGAAGAGAAGAGUGUGGAGGAGACCGUCUCUGUGUCCAAGGCAGCUUCUGUGGGAACAGGGAAAGGUGAUGAAAAGGAGCAAGAACAGGAAGCAGAGGAAGAGAGUAGCCCCAGAGAUGAUGGAAAGGAAGAUACAGCAGUAAAUGGAGAUGUUGAAGAGGAAAAGGAAGAGAGUGAGGAUAAAGGAGUAGUUACCAAUGGCCUAGAUGAUAGCCCCGAAGAUGACAAAGACGGCGGAAAGAGCCAAACUGUUGUAGUCACCAGAAAGGUUGAAACCACAACCAGCGAGGGUGAGGAUGGUACCAAAUACAUCACCAAGUCAGUGACCGUCACCCAGAAAGUGGAGAAACAUGAAGAAACCAUCCAGGAGAAAUCAGUGUCCACAAAGAAGGUAGAGAAAGUCACAUCACAUGCAGUGGUCAAGGAAGUCUCUGAGAACAAGUGAGAGCAUAGUCAUAGCACUUCCAGCAAAGCAGCAGGACUGAAAAAGCCAUAAGAUAAACUGCAUGUAAAGUGACAGCUUCUAAUGGGCUUCUAGCAGAUGGGGUUCUCUCGUGGGGUGGGGGGCUCCAGACACUGUAAUAUUACUUUCUGUGCAAUAUUCGGGGUGGGGAAAUGCAUGCAAGCCUCAGAUGUACCCCUCCCACACAACUUGGUGAAUUCACAAUAAAAAAGCAUAACGGUGCAUGAUUUGUGAAAAGGAAGAACAAAACAUGAUGGUUUCCUAAGUUGCUGUGGGCCUGGGUGAGAGUUAGUGAUCACGAGGGUCCUCAGCUUGAAUUAUGCAAAGAACUAACUGAGCCAAAAAUAGAAGAGGGGACCAUGAAACGGAAGUUUUCUCGCCUUAAUAAAAGAAACCUAUCCUUAUGUUUACCUCAUUGGUGCAAUUAACAGACUGCAGGUCAUGGGAGAACCUGAACGAGUGGAAGAGAACUUGCUGACCGUUUAUGUAAAAGCAAGCCUUGCUCAAUAAAA